AUGGAAUUAUAUGAGUAUACUUCAUACAAUGUUUUGUUGAAAAUUCAACAAGGCUAUUUGUACAAGGGUAAUACAAAGUUGAAAAUUGCUAGUGGAUCUUUAAUUUCUUCAAGAGCAGCUUUUUCACUUUAUUUUAAAGUGAGUCCCAUGGUUAAAUUGAAUGUGAGUAGGGCACCCAUAUCUACAAAUUAUGUUAUUAUAGAAGAACUCAGCAAUG